AUGGGGUGGCCUGAAAUUCAACAGGAAGAGGCGGGGAAAGGACAAAGGGGCGGAACGCCGGAGGGGAGGCGGGGGGAACCCGGCACCAUCAACGCGAAGGGCGGUGCAGCCAAUGAGGAGGACAGGCGUGGACUUGGGGAAAGGCCGCUCCGUGAUUGGAAAGGGGAGAUUGAGAUAUGCGCCCGGGCCUAUGUCAAGAUGUGUCUCCACGCUGCCCGCUAUCCCCACACGGCCGUGAAUGGGCUGCUCUUGGCACAAAAGCGCCGGGCGACGGUGGCCGGACAGGCUGACUGCCUCUGCGUGACAGACUGCGUCCCCCUCUUCCACAGCAACUUGUCUCUCACUGUGAUGCUGGAGGUGGCUCUGAACCAGAUUGAUCUCUGGAGCGCGGAGUCGGAUUUGCUCCUUGCUGGCUACUACCAGGCCAACUCCGGGAUUGAUGACAAAAGCCCUUCCCCCCUCGCGCAAAAGACGGCUGGACGUAUCGCGGAAUUGUACGAUGACGCGGUGCUAAUAAUG